AUGAAUGGCGACGGCCAAGCAGCGGCAGCAGCCCACGGCCACGGCGGCGCACCCCCAGGCCGUCCACGCAAGUUUGUCAUACAGAGUAGCUUUGGCAACCCGAGGGAGCGGAGGAGCCGCAAGAACCGGCCGUGCGACGCGUGCCGCAGACGCAAGACGGCCUGCGUCAUCACCUUGGAGCCGCCAUGUCUCUUCUGCCAAAGCCGAGGCAUCGUCUGUCAAUCCUCGCCCGCAUCUACGCCUGGAUCAGCACAAGAUCUCGAGCUUCAUCACCACACUCCGCCCCGCCACGACACCCCUUCUCACCCUCCGCCUCAUCCUCUCCAUGCCGUGCCCGUCAGUCACGAAGCCGGAGUCGUCGGCUACGGGCCGCCGCCGCCUCCGCCAGCACCGGUGCUACCACCAAGCUCCUCCUCCCAGCACAUCGCCGUACCUCCGGCGGCAUCACGAAUCGAGGUAAACGAGCUGCCAACGCCCAGCACCACCCAGGACAGCCCUACGGUCGCCUCGCCCUUUGGCCCGUGCGGACAGCUCCUUGGGCCGGAGUCGAGCGCCCGACCGCAGGCCUACGGGCCGGCCGCCGUCGUCCAUCAGAACCUUGUUUACCAUGUUAGCCCGUCGACCGAAGACAUAGAGCCACCGCAGUCAGCCGACGCUCAGUCACCCCCGCUCACCUCUCCGGUCCUCGCCCGUCCCGCGCCAAGUCUCGAGGAUAUUGUCGGCCGCACCGCCUAUCACAUGGGCCCGACCUCGGAGCAGGACACCUUUCUGCUCGACGCCUUCCGGUACGGCAUAUUGAGCGAAAGGUACAACCUCGACGGCAACAUCGUCCAGGUGCACCCGGGGAGCUCUCUGCCCGACGACCGCCCCAUCCACUUCCUCUGCCUCGAGAUCGGCCACCCGGAUCACGUCCACCGGGCCCGGCAGGCCGCCUCGGACGCGAUCGAGGCCAAGGUUUGGCCCUACGGCGAGAACCUGGUGCGGCUCUACUUCCGCCACGUUCACCCGGUGCUGCCUAUUGUCUCCAAAGUUCGUUUCCUCCGCCGAUACCAUGCCGACAAGAAGUCCGUGCCGGCCUGCCUGCGCGGCGCCCUCUACGCCCUCGCGUCCGUCUUCUGGAAGUUCGACAUGGCCAUCCGCGGCACCCCUUGUCCCUUCCAGCAGCACGAGCUGGUCAGCCAUGCCCACUCGGCGCUCCGACGUGAGAUCGAAAACCCGAACCUCUUCAUCCUGCAGGCUUGCUUGCUGCUCAUCCACGUCACGCCCCCGGCCUUCGAUAGCAUGGAAGCUCCGACCACAUGGACCUUUGCCGCGCAGGCCACGGCGUGUGCCCAGAUGAUCGGCCUCCACCAGGACCCGGGCCAGUGGGACAUUGAGCUGCUGGAGAAGAAGCUGCGCCGGAAGCUGUGGUGGGCAACAUUUGUGACCGACUGCUGGUCGUCCAUCUGCCACGGAAAUCCUCCGCACAUCAGUGCCAGCUCUUUCAACACAUGCCCGCUCACCAUAGAUGACGUCCGGGCGGACGAGGGCGUGCCUGAAGAGUUGCGCCAUCUCGUGGAGCCACCCGACGCCAACUUUGAGGUCUCAGCCGGUGCUCGCUUCAUGGAGAUGGUCAGCAUCGCCCGCCACUUGCGGACGGUUCUGGAUUGCAGCUUUCAAGUCAACACGAGAGCCAUGACGAUAAGCGACAGAAUGCAAGCUCAGGCCGAACUCGUUGCGGUGCAAGCAAAGCUUCAGGACUGGCCAAGCCUCCUUCCGUCGUGCCUUGUCAUUCAGCACGAGGAGCGGCGCCGAUCGUCCGUAACGUCUUACAACUGUCCUCUCCACCUGUCCUUCUAUGCCGCUCAGGUGCUCCUCUAUCGAGCCCUCAUGUACCCUCCAACACGGGCAGCCAAGGCGACCCCGGGAUCGAAUCUUCGGAGAUGGUUCCCGGCAGCACUCCUGGAGUUUGAGUCGUUUGCCGAGUUUCUUACUUGCAUUAACAAGCAUGAUCUGAUUGGGUUCUGGGGACGACAUGCUCGAUCGCAGCUCAUUCUCUGCGGGAACUUUCUUGUCUACCUCUUCUUGCUUGCAUGGGAGCGCCGAGACAUUGAAAGGGCGUAUCGCAUGCUCGAGUGUUUUCAUCAGACAAUCCAUGAGCUAGGCGAGUGCGAUAACCUUCAGGCGAAAACUCUUCUCAGGGCAGCCAUGCUACGCAUCGACUCCUUUUUCACACAGGCGGCUCAGAUCAUGCGGCACGGGGGUGGCGGGACCGUCACACUCAUGCCAUGUUGA